AUUGUAUCAAGCAAUUGAAUGACAGAAAUUUUUUCAAAUCUCUACCUAAUAAUGUCCAAGCUUGUCAUCUUCGGCGCCACUGGCCAACAGGGCCGAUCAAUCCUCGACACAGUCCACAACGACCCCAAUCUUUCCAAGCAAUACUCCAUCCGCGCAAUCACCCGCGACACUUCACAAUCUGCAGCAAAAGAAAUCGCUAAACAAGGAAUCGAGACAAUUCAAGCUGAUGCCAGCGACCCCGCCUCUCUCCCAGCAGCUCUAGAAAACGCCCACACCGUGAUCAUAAUCACCACUACCACCUACGAUGCCGACCUAAAAGCACGAGAAUACAGCCAGGUCAAGGCAGUUGGCGACGCAGCCGUCGCAGCAGGAGCGAAGUACAUAAUCUUCAGCACUGCAGUACACUCCGCGGCGCUCUGGAACGGCCGGGCUGUGGAUGCGUUCGACUCCAAAGCAGAAGCAGAGGAGUACCUCCGAUCGCUCCCUCUGAAGACUGCGUUCUUUGCACCGAGCAUGUUCAUGCAAAACUUGACGACGAUGAUGGCGCCUGUCCCGGGCCCUGAUGGGACGUACACCAUCGCUAGCGUCAUUUCUCCAGAUACCCAGAUCCCUCUCAUUGACGUAGCGCAUGAUUCGGGGAAGUAUAUCGCGGCCAUCUUGGCUGAUCCUGAGAAUACAGCCGGUAUUACUCUCCAUGCGGCAACGGGGCUAUAUAGCUUUGCGGAAAUAGCGGCCAUCAUAUCGAGAGUCUCUGGGAAGACGGUUAACUAUGUGAAGAUUCCUGAGGAAGUGUAUGCGGGUUUCAUGGAACCUGAACAAGGAGCAAGGGUUGCUUCCAUGAUGCGAUUUUUCGAGGAGGUUGGGUAUUUUGGACCUAAUACUCCGAAGUUAGUCGAUAGGACGGUGAAGAUGGUGAAGGCGAAGUUGACUACUUUUGAGGAGUUCGCUGGGAAGUACUUGGUGAAUAUUUAAUGAUUGUGCAUAUGUACUUCUAACCUAGGCUAUUGACCGACAAUACUUGGUAAAGCAGCAUACAGGGCGUGAUUGCGGUGUUUGACAGAA